UAAAAGCAUUAGAUUCAAUAUAUAUCGAGAAGCAAGACUACUGUGGUGAAGUUGUGGUAAGGGUGCGGUUGAGUGUCUCGUCUUAACGAGUUGGAGUAUCUAGCUACGAUUUAUUACAUUUGGGGUAUUGGAAUUGACGUUCGUUAGUGAUGGGUUGUUGCGGUGGUGAAGGGGACUCUACGAGAGAAUGGAAGCCAAUCGAGCAACGCAGCUGCACAGAUGUCCUGUGGCUGUUGAUACUUAUUCUAUUCUGCAUUGGCAUGGUUGUUAUUUGUGGCUUUGCAAUAGCUUCUGGAGCAGCCCAGAGGCUAAUAUUUGGAUAUGAUAGUUUUGGAAACAUCUGUGGCCAAAAGAAUGCCAAAGCAGAAGGAGAAGAAUGGAGUGGUCUUGAUCACACAAAAAAUAAGUAUGUUUUUUUCUUGGAACCCUGUAACUUGGAUGUUGUACAUUUCAAAAUCAAGUCCAUGGCACUAUGUGUAGCUAAAUGUCCAGAUAUUGAGCUCCGCACACUUGAGGAUGUUAAAAGAUUUGCAGUUGAAAAUGGGUCUAAGCUGUGCGCAUAUGAGCUGGAGCCAAGAAAAUAUACAUCAGGAAAAUCGAGUUUGUGUCCUAAACUUCCUGUUAAAUCAAGUAAACCUAUACCAUUCUUCCAUCGUUGUGCCCCAGAUGUAGAUGUCUGCUCUGUCAACUUUAUUAAGGCCCUGACCACCUUCGUCAGUGACAAUAGUGUCUUGCAGAGAGUGGUUACUGGAGUAAUGACCAGCAAAGAAAUUAUAGUGGGACUUUGCUUUUUAUCUCUAGUUUUAUCGAUGUUGUUAAUGGUUAUAAUUCGAUAUAUCUCCCGAGUGCUUGUUUGGAUCCUUGCAAUUCUCACCAUCCUGGGUUCAAUUGGUGGUACCGCUGUUCUUUGGUGGUUGUAUGCUGAUCAGAAGAAGGCAGCCAAAGCAAAAUCAGUUGAAGAUGAGAAUGUGGCAGAAGACAACAGCAAGGCUCUUCUGAUAUAUGCCAUUAUUGCAACAGUAGUUACAGUCAUUUUACUGUUACUAAUGCUAAUAAUGAGGAAGCGAGUCGCUCUUACAAUUGCCUUAUUCCAUGUGGCGGGGAAAGUGUUCGUUCACAUUCCACUUCUAGUCUUUCAGCCACUCUGGACUUUCCUGGCAUUGGCAUUAUUCUGGGUCUAUUGGGUUACGGUCCUACUUUUAUUGGGCACUGCAGGAUAUCCUGAGAAAAACUCUCAAGGCUACACAGAAUUUAAAGUGUCCGGUCCUUUACAGUAUACAUGGAUUUAUCAUCUAGUUGGUCUUAUCUGGAUCAGUGAGUUCAUACUGGCCUGUCAACAGAUGACCGUGGCUGGAGCUGUCGUGACCUAUUAUUUUACACGGGACAAGAGUAAUUUGCCAGCAACUCCAAUUCUUUCAUCUAUAUGUCGACUGAUUAAAUACCAUCUAGGAACAGUAGCCAAAGGCUCCUUCAUCAUCACUUUAGUAAAGAUUCCACGACUGAUCCUCAUGUAUAUACAUAACCAACUUAAAGGCAAGGAAAACGCUGUCGCAAAAUGCAUGCUGAAAGCUUGCAUGUGCUGCCUCUGGUGUUUGGAGAAGUGCCUGUUGUAUCUGAAUAGGAAUGCUUAUGUAGCGACAGCCAUAAACAGCACCAGCUUCUGCACGUCUGCCAGAGAUGCCUUGCUGAUCUUGGUGGAGAAUGCUUUGAAAGUGGCUGCUAUAAACACAGUUGGUGAUUUUGUGCUGUUUCUAGGAAAGGUGCUUAUAGUGUUAAUCACAGGGUUUAUUGGGAUCGUGCUGCUCAAUCACCAACGUGAUUACACUGUGUGGGUGCUACCACUCAUCAUUAUUUGCCUAUUUGCCUUCUUUGUGUCACACUGCUUCUUGACCACGUAUGAGAUGGUGGUGGAUGUUCUUUUCCUCUGCUUUGCUGUUGACUCCAAACAAAAUGAUGGGACUCCUGGACGCGAGUAUUACAUGGAUAAAAGUUUAAUGGAAUUCAUGGAUGACAGCAGGAAAGCAAUGCGUUCAGGUGGGCGUGGAGCAGAGAUGAAAUCAAUGACCUCUGGAGAUGACAACGCUUGAUUAUGGCAAAUCGCUGGAAAAUAGCGGGUAAAACAACACAGGGCUUUACAAAUUGCAUUUUUGUGUGAAUCCCUAAUAACCUCUAAGGGGCAGGGGAGUACAACAGAUCACAAAUGUGCUUUUUUUUAAAAGAAAAAAAAUUUAAAACUUGCUUGUAAGAUUUUUAUUUUAUUUCUAACAGAAAUAUUGCCAAUUUGCAUAAAUAUGGAACCUGUUGAAAGCAAGUUUGGUUUUAGUUGCCUGGCCUAAAAAAAUCAUGUAACUAAAUAAUGCUCAACUAUCCAAUCUCUUAUGGAUGAAUCUUUUGUAACACUAUAGACACUAUAUAUUAUGCUUUGUAGGUAUUAUAAACAUGUGCUUGUAUUCUUUAUAUGUAUUUCUUGCAGAAUAUUUUGUAAAACAGCAGCGCAGCAGUGCUGAUUAUUAUGAAUGGCAUAAUGAUAUUGUAAAUAGCCUCUCUUACGGCUGUGCAGCUUUUCUGUCCUGUUGCUACAUUCCUAAUGGAAUUACUGUACUAAAAAGCUCAGGAUAAAAAUGUCAUCUUUUUCAGGAACUUGUCAGGCAAGCUAGUAGAACUGUAGGAUCAUUUAAAGUGGGCAGGUGACUUAAUGCAAAACUAGAGUCAAAGUAGCAUGUGCAUAAACUUCGCUUGAAUGGAGUGAAAUGUGGCAAUAAUUUUCCAAUGUGCAACUUCUUAAAACCACCGCAUGUUUCCCUAACUAGGGUUCCUCCAGCGUGUAUGGAUGACCAGCAAGCUCUGGAAGUUCAUUAUUUAGCCUCAGUCGCAUGAGCUGGCCUGAGAAGAUUUGCUCCCAUUCCCUCCAAAUCAGUGAAGUGAAAGUUGCUCAGGGUUUUGAUGCAUGGUUGUCAUCAGGAUUUCCCUAAGAAAUGCAUUACAGGGAUGCUGACUAGAGUUAGAGCUGUGGUGAUGCAUCUUGCCACAGUAACUAUGCACUGAUGUUCAUAAGUUCCCAUAUGAACAACCUGUUUUAGCUGGGUGUAAUGCAGGAGAUUGUCUGCCUACGGAACGCUGGGGAAGAAGAAAAUUGGUAGAUCAAACUGAAGAAAUUUAAUUAUAAGGUUUAGGGCCAUCUUCAUUGGAGAAAUCUUUUUUCACUAUUUUUAAGUAGAUUUUACACAUUGUAACGCAGGGAAAGGUCACAUGUGGUUAUUGGGUUUAGGGCGAAUUAGUUGGCCAUGUUGGUUGUGGAGUGAUGACCAUGCUCACCAACAUAGAUGAACUGGCCAACCAAUAAGUGGAUGUUGACAUUAGAUGGCAUUUACGUUCUCGCAUUCUAUGAAGUAUUUUGCUAUUUGGAGUCAUGCAGUAAAAUAUUCCUAAAGGUUUGACAAACCCUACUAUCACUAAGUUCAACUAUGUAGAACUUCCAGGUCUUUGUGUUUCUCUUGCACUGUCAGAGUUACUUUUUCUGUAAAUAAGGCUUUGAGACUGGCAGUGGAGCUAACCAGGAGUUAAAUCUGGUUUAAUUUGUUAAAUCUGAGCAUCAAGGUUAAACAGACUCAGUCCCCACUUCCUUGAGCUUUGAGUGAGGAAAGUGGCCUCUUUGCUACAUAAUUGAUAGGAGGUAGAUAUCUUUGAUGGCUUUCUUUCAAUUUCGAUUAGAUUCCUUACAGUGUGGAAACGAGCCUUUCAGCCCUACCAGUCCACACUGACCCUCUGAAGAGCAACCCAUCCAGACCCAUUUCCCUCUGACUAAUUAACCUAACACUAAAGGCAGUUUAGCAUGGCCAAUUCACCUGACCUGCACAUCUUUGGACUGUGGGAGGAAACCAAACCUGGAGGAAACCCAUGCAGAAAAGGGGAGAAUGUGCAAACUCCAUACAGACAGUUGUCCAAGGCUGGAUUUGAACCUGGAACGCUGGUGCUGUGAGGCAGCAGUGCUAACCACUGAGCCACCAUGCUGCCAUGUCGCCCAUUUUGGGCAAUGGGAUCAUAUGGGUCUGUAAAUUUUGUCCUCUGGUUUUAAUUCCAGCCAUUUCAUAACUGUUAGUACAUUCUUUUUUUUUCUCCAUCUUGCUAUGCUAAGUGUCUGAUGUUACUUCUGCCAGCAUUGCCAGUUUUACUGAAGCAUUAGAGAGCUACAGUCAAGUUAUAUGGUGAGGUUUGUUAUUAUGGAUGAAUUAUGAGCUAGGUGAAUUUAAAGGCAAAUUAGUUUGUCUUGUUAAUUCCUCCUAAUUUUAGUUAGUGAUUCAAAUCUAAAAAUUGGCUCCUGGUAAAUUAAAAAAAAAUAUAAAGUGAACUAUAAGCAUCCAUGUACAAAUGUAGGCAUUAGAAAACCAACAAUUAUUACUUUCAAAUGUAAUAAGGUUUUGAUUAGUUGCUGAUUUCACUGUUAAUAAGCCAAGAAUGGAGAAUUAGACCCCUUUGAGCCUACUCUACAUCCAAUAUAAUUAUGGUAGAUUCAUCAUGAUCUCAGCUUCACCUUUCUGGCUGCCUUCCAUAAUCCUUGACUUUUAUGUCAAUCACAAAUCCAUCUAACUUUGCCUUAAACAAAUUCGCUGAAAGAAAAUUAUCUGCUUUGUUGAGAGGAGAACUCCACACUGUGGCACCUGAUUCAAAUCUCUGCCAUAAGAGAAACAUCAUCAUGUUAGCCUCUCUGAGAAGUCCCUCAGGAUCUUGAAAAAUUCAGUAUGAUCUUCUUAAGAUCUUUCAUUCAUCUUAACACCAGUCGGUAAAUAUUAAAUGUGCCCAACCUUUCAUUAGAAGAUAAUCCCUUCAUCCCAAGGAUGAGAGAAGUGAACCAGCUGUGAGUGUCUUUUAGUAUAACUAUUAUCUUUUUGCAAAAAAGGCCAAAACUGUACAUAGUACACCAGAUCUGGUUUUCCCAAGAGCCUCUGUAACAAAAGAUAAUGGGGUAAAAUUUGAACAACACGUUUGGGGAGUCAGGUAUGUACAGUCUUUCUUGGGCCAUGACACAAUCAGAACUUUUUCAAUUUUCGGGUUUUAAAGGACCAAAACUGAGUUUCAUUACAAGUUUCCGAUUGGAAGCUUUUUUCUAAAAAAAUAAAAGUUGCACAGUGGAGAAUUCCCAGUUUACAUUGGUGAGUUGCCAUUUCAAAUAAAUACACUAGUAGUAAGGCCAAGUUUAGGUGAGAACUAACCUGCAGCUACAGCCAAUGAAGUAUUUUAUACUCUUCUUAGUUACCCAGUCCACCUUUGCUAUCUUUUGCCAUUUUAAAUACAGUAAUUUGUCAUGUAACGGUAAGUCUUCUAUGUGUAAAACCAUCUAGAACAUGCUAUUGAACCAAAUAGUUGGAAAUUGCUCAGGGUGAAAGAUAUGUUCAGUGUCCCAAUGGCAGAUUCUGUCAACAGAAUUCACGUGUUAUAUACACAUUGUUUUACUCAUUGGCUGGAAAGGUGUCUUGUAUAAUGAAACAUUUACUUGCCCUCCACUUGAAGCUUUAACAUCAUGCAGUUCAAUUCAUGUAUCACUUUAUAAUAUUUGUAUAUUAAAUUUUUUAAUAAAAGCAGUUUGUAUCA